AUGAGGCGAGAAAUAGCAGUACUGUGGGGAUAUCUAUGUUUAAAUGUGUUAGCAUCACCCGGAGAUACACUGGAUGAAUUUGAGAGAUGUAAUGAAGCAUGUCUAGUGAACCGCAAUUGUGCCGAUGAAGGGCAAAUUAAUAUAGAGGGUAAUUCGUUCACUUCACAUGUUUUUUCCGACAUACCAUGGGUUUAUAAGCAGAUCUUUUGGGAUUGUUCAUCGGACUGUGAUUAUCAGUGUCAACAGAUAGUUACAAGACAGAGAAUAAGAGAUGGGGAAGAAAUAUACCAAUUCCAUGGAAAGUGGCCCUUUAUCAGGAGUGCAGGAAUGCAAGAAUUUUUUUCUACUCUAUUCUCCAUUGGGAAUUUUAUACCACAUUGGAAUGGAUUUUGUCUGUUGAAGAUGGAGUUAGCAAAGGUACCUGCAGGGGACAAUUCCAGAGUUAUAUUGGAGCAAUAUGUAAACGUUGCGAUUAUAGGGAUGCUCGCAUGGACAUUCAGCUCCAUUUAUCACACUAGGGAUUUGUUUAUAACAGAAAAAAUGGAUUACUUUUUUGCUGGUGCUACAGUGUUGACCGCAUUUCAUGCGAUUUUUGUCAGAGUUAAUCGUCUCGACCGUUUGCCAGUAUUGAGAAGGCUAGUAUCAGUAUUUGUUCUUCUCAUAUUUUCAUUGCACAUCUUAAGGCUAUAUUUCGAUUGGUCAUACACUUAUAACAUGCGAUUUAACAUCCUCUUUGGAGUUCUGGAAUACCUUAUGUUGAUUGUGCUUGCCAUAAAAAACAGGAAAAGUUUGAAGAGAAAGAAGAAUUACCGUAAUAGUCUCUAUAAACCAUAUUCCAAUUCCAAUUUUCAUCUUUUUUGGAUGCCUGUACUUUUAGUCCUUUUUACUUCAUUGGCCAUGACUUCUGAAUUAUUUGAUUUCUUCAGUUACGACCUGCAAAUGGAUUCGCAUGCUAUUUGGCAUGCACUGACUAUUGUGCCAUCAUACUUUCUCUAUAAGUUCUUUAUCAUAGAUUACAAUUAUCUAAGUUCCAUAAAAGGUACAAUAUCGCAGGACUAA